CGGGAAGCGUGCGGACAUGAGGGACGCCCCUAUGUUGCAGGCGAAUGGUCAUACUGCUUCCUAUCGAUGCACUUAUUAUUUUUGUAUUUAACAAAAAUAAACAUAUUCAAAUGUAGUAAUUUUUCCAUUGAAGAUCGAUAAAGCUUCACAUAGAUAAUAUAGAGUAAAUGGAUAAUAGAGAAAAAGCGAAAAAACUUUGAUCUAAGUUGGAUACUGGAUCGCAUACUUUCCUCAGAAAAUAAGGUCAAAAGUAAAAGUUUUGAAACGUCAAUCAUGUGCGUUAUACCUGUUGCAUGCGACACCAAUACUAAUGUUGAGGAAAAACUUAGUUCACGGGUGUGUACGGUAUAAAAUGUCUACGAACAAAAUUGUUUCUACUUUUUUGAAAUACGGAGAUACAGCCAGAUCGGUUGUGUGCGCCGAUCACAGGCUGUACUGUACAGUACACAGAAAUGUGCACACUUGCAUGGCAAAUAGAUUUCGUUUGCAGUACUGCAAUAAGGUAGAAACUAAACUUGCUGGAAAUCAAAAGCCAGAUUGGAACAAAGCUGUUUCAGAAGCGGAGAAAAUUGUUGGAUAUCCAACAUCAUUUUUAAGCUUACGGUGGCUUCUGAGCGAUGAAAUUGCAAAUGUAGCACUGCAUCUGAGAAAAUUGGUGGGGUCUAAUCAUCCUUUAUUAAAGACAGCUAAAAGUGUUAUUUUUAAUGGACGUAAUAAUAUGCAAGCAUGGGGUCUUAUUGUAUUGUUAAUUUCAAAAGCUGCUGGUCAUUUAAACGUAGAUAACAUGGAAGAAGACAAGGCUGCUGGUGUAUUACAUAGCCAGCGAGCAUUGGCUGAAGUCACUGAAAUGAUACGUACCAGUCAUCUUGUACAUAAAGGACUAAUAAAUAUAGUACCAAGCCUUCAUUUAGAAACUUCAGAAUUAAAUGAUAUGAAUGUUGGUAACAAGAUUGCACUAUUAAGUGGAGAUUAUUUAUUAGCUAAUUCUUGUGCAGAAUUAGCUAAUCUUCGGAAUCAGGAAAUUGUAGAAUUAAUGUCUAGCGCUGUAAGAGACCUGGCCGAAGCAGAAUUUAUAGGACGCAGAGAUAGUCAAAACAAUCCUUUGCCUUCUGUACCACCUGAUGAUCGUACAGAUUAUGCAGUCGAAGAAUGGACUCUGAGGAAUGUAUUAAGUGCUGGUGCUUUACUUGGUAAAUCAUGUAAAGGUACACUGAAACUGGCUGGACAUAGCAAUGAAAUACAAGAGCAGGGUUACAACUUUGGUAAACAUUUAGCAUUAGCUUGGCAAGCUUAUUUGGAUUUGAGUCCAUUCAUUACAAAAGAUCAAAGUGUAACAUUCAGUCUAUGUUCUGCUCCAGUUAUGUUUCAUAUUGAACAUGACCCAUCAAUUCUAGCUGAAAUUGAUAAAGGUUUAGAAUCUGUAAACGAUGUAGAUUAUGAAAAGGUUUACAAAAUCGUCUUGAUGGGGCCGGGUGUCGAAUUAACAAAACAAUUGCAAAAACGACAUUCACAAAGGGCAAUGGAAGUUUUAAACGUAUUUGAGAAAAGUGAUGCGAGGACAGCAUUGUAUAAUAUUAUAGCAGCCAUGGAAGAGUCUGAAUAAUGACUUAUAACAUCUAAACUUCAUAUAAUUGCCCAAAGAUCAGUUUAAGGACUCCGUCCUAUGUUAAGUUUUCAAUUCUACCGUAAGUCGUACACAGACAUGUAAAAUUUAUACAUAAAAUGUAGCAUAAAAAAUUAAGACCACAUUAUAAACAUAAUAUAUUAUAUAAAUAACAAAGUUGAUACAUUUUAUAUUAAAUGGUGUUUGAAUAAA